AUGAUAUUCAAGUAUAGUACUAACAUACUCAGGNUUGCACCUCCUAUCAUUCUGACCGCAUUCGCUAUCUAUGUCACAUCAUUCUUCUAUCAAUUCACUCACACAAGUCCGUAUGAAGUCGUGGCAGAUGAGCUUGAUAUCAUCACUAGGGACACGAUUGAUCGCGACGACAGUGAUGAUGAGUUGCUCAUCGACCCCGAGACUGAGGAGCCUCUUCAGGAAAUCGACGUUCAAGAGACUAUUGUGGUCGAAGAGAAGGAUCCCAAGGUUCUGCGCAGUCUGUUGACUGGACUGCCGAGCCCCAGCUCGCUCUUCUGGUCUGCUGUAACCUUCUUGACUAACGUCGCUCUGCUAGCCAUGGUGGCUGACAUGGUCUACCGCGCACCGCUCUUCCAUCCUUCUCACAAUCUUUCCUUCGUACGUCUUGGUCACGUCUCUGAGAACAGCGCAAAGCUUCUAGUCAGAGAGCCACGUACAUCCGAACACNCCCUGCGCAUGAGUUACAGAUACGCAGGUGAAUCACCUGACGAUGGUAUCCGUGAUCACGACGCUAGCUGGAAGCACNCUCAAAACGCCAUCGAUGUCGACGAGGGCACCGACUACACUGGUAUCUUCCAUUUGACUGGACUCAGACCUGACACCACGUACCAAUACGCGGCAUCAAACAACCACACUGGCUUCUUCGUCACGGCGCCCAGAAUUGGACGCACCGCUCCUCGUAACAACGAUGUCUUCACUUUCCUGCAUUCGUCCUGCAUCAAGCCCAGAUUUCCAUACAACCCGUUGCAGCACCCGCUCGAAGUUCCCGGCUUCAAGCAUCUGGCCAGACUUCUGCCAUCGCUGAAAGCUCAUUUCAUGGUCUUCAUGGGAGACUUCAUCUACGCCGACGUGCCCAAGCGUUUUGGGACCGAUGUCGAGACAUACCGCAGGGAGUACCGUCAGGUGUAUUCUUCGCCCCAAUGGGAGUCGGUGAGCUCAGAGGCUAAGCUGCCUUGGAUCCACGUCUUGGAUGAUCAUGAGAUUGCAAAUGACUGGGACAAGAACACGACUGGAGUCUAUGAAGCUGCGGUCGACCCAUGGCACCACUAUCAAGCUUCUGUCAACCCCGAACCAGUUCGUCCUGGUGCGACCUACUUCAGCUUCAACCAAGGACCCACGUCGUUCUUCAUGAUCGAUACUCGCCGCUACCGUGAACCUUUCGACGGCACUGACGGCUCUUACAACAGCACUCAAGCCGAGACUGGUUACAAGAAGAGUAUGCUCGGCGACCAGCAGCUCAAGGAUCUUCUCGAUUGGCUUGCAGCUCCUGUCCCUAAUGGUGUCAGAUGGAAGGUCGUCGUCUCCAGCAUUCCGUUCACCAAGAAUUGGCGCUUCGGAACCGAAGACACUUGGGGUGGGUACCUGGGUGAGAGACAGAUCAUUCUGGAAGCCAUGUGGGAUGUCGGUCUUCGUGGUGGUGUCGGAGUUAUCGUCCUUAGUGGCGACAGACACGAAUUUGCUGCCACCUCUUUCCCACCACCCACCGAAGAUAAAGUUACCGGCCUCGAUGCAACGACAGGCAAGCUAAGAACAAAGAAGUGGCCCGUCAGCGCGACAGUCCAUGAGUUCAGCGUCAGUCCACUCAGCAUGUUCUAUCUUCCCGUCCGCACGUACGAGCAGACCGACAACGACGACGUGUGUGUUAAGUACAUGCCCGACGGCAACUCGAAGUUCGGCGCUCUUAGUAUCAGCACGCCACUCACGUCUGACCAAUCCGAGCUCAAGUACCGUCUGUUUAUUGACGGCCAAGAAGCAUGGAGCCACAAGAUUCUUACUCCUCCCGUGGUUCAUGGCAGUGGCCGCGGUAAGGACGCACUGUGGGGUUGA